GAACUGAGGGAAACAGACGGGCUGGGCAAGCCGACUACAGCGAGCGACCGUGGGAUAUACGCUGCUCACCGUUCUUCAACACCUAUAAUUUCUCCCUCGUCGUCAAAGUGAGACUCUAUGACAUCGCUGCUCGGCCUCUAUGGUUUAUAGAGCCACUGAUACAACUUUACCUUCCUGGAUACACCAGAGCGUACGAGAUAGAAACAUUUGGUAGAAAUUUAUUCAUCCGUCGGUGGAUAUUCGGUUGUUGAGGAUGAUUUUUGCAAAUUCUGGCAACACAGUGAGGACGUCGCAUAAUCGUAAACAGCCUCCUGCUGGCCCCGCCUCCCACCCGAUGGCUCCGCCCAGUCCUGGAACCAACAGCAGCACCAAUCACAGCAGCAGCAGCAGCAGCACAGCCGGCUGGGAGCAUCUCAGUAAAACGAACCUCUACAUUCGUGGUUUACCACCAACCACCACCGAUCAUGACCUGGUUAAGCUCUGCCAGCCAUAUGGAAAAAUCGUAUCAACCAAGGCCAUCUUAGACAAAACCACAAACAAAUGCAAAGGCUAUGGCUUCGUGGACUUUGACAGCCCUGCUGCUGCUCAGAAAGCCGUCGGCGCUCUGAAGAGCAGCGGAGUUCAGGCUCAGAUGGCAAAGCAACAGGAGCAGGACCCGACUAACCUGUACAUAUCUAACCUGCCACUGACCAUGGAUGAACAGGAGCUAGAGGCCAUGCUGAAGCCCUUCGGACAGGUCGUCUCCACUCGUGUCCUGCGGGAUACCAACGGAGCCAGCCGAGGGGUCGGAUUUGCGAGGAUGGAGUCGACAGAGAAAUGUGAAGCUGUCAUCUCUCACUUCAACGGGAAAUAUCUCAAAACACCAGCUGGAGUUAUGGCCCCGUCAGAACCCUUGCUGUGCAAGUUUGCGGAUGGAGGCCAGAAGAAGCGGCAGACUCAAAAUAAAUAUGUGCAGAACGGACGAGCCUGGGCCAGAGACGGAGAGACCAGACUUACUGGCAUGACUCUCACGUACGACCCCACCACAGCUGCUAUGCAAAAUGGAUUCUAUCCAGCCGCCUACAGUAUCACAAACAGAAUGAUCACACAGACCCCUAUUUCUCCAUACAUCUCCCCUAUGUCCACAUACCAGGUACAGAAUCCAUCCUGGGUCACCCAUCAGCCCUACAUCUUGCAGCAUCCGGGAGCAGUGAUAUCGCCCUCUAUAGAUCACUCCAUGUCUCUGCAGCCCGCGUCCAUGAUGGGACCUCUUGCUCAGCAGAUGAGUCACCUCUCUAUGGGCAGUGCAGGAACGUUUAUGCCAGCUAGUCCAGCUCUCCAGGGGCCGUAUAUCCCUCCAUACACUCACAUGCAGACCACCGCCGUCUCAGUAGAGGAGAACAGUCCACAACCUCAGGUGGAGUCAUCCAGUGACCAUUCACCUUAUACCUAUCAGCAGGCCAAGUGAUGAAGAGGGUUGUCGGGGUUCGAGAGAGAAGGAGAAGACUGCUAAUUCAAUUACAGCUUCCUUUGAAGGACCGGAUCUACAGAUGAAUCGAUAUUUUGCACAGGUUCUACGAUGAGUUCCUCGGUUUUUAUAAUAAAACUACUUCAACUAUUUUGGUAUAAGUUCCAUUAGGUGCAAAUCAAGGAUUCAUUUCAUCAGAGGAUGCUGACAAAGAAAACACAAAUGAAAUGGGAAGAAAAAGUUUUAUUUUACUAAGGAAACAACGUUUAUUUUUUACCAAGGAUCGUCACAUAGAUGCAGGAACGUCAUCAUGGAGAUUCUUCUUAUUUUUAUGAUUUCGGAUUUGUUUUCUCUCUCUCUCUCUCUCUCUCUCUCUCUCUCUCUCUCUAUUUCCUUUUGUACUGAAACAGACAUUUGUUUUUAGAGAUCUGUCAGCCGGACAUCCUGAGAAAGAUUGCAUUUGUGCUUGCGGUGUGAGUGUUGUUGAUGUGUUUUUUGUCGUGUGCUUCAUCUUUUCGGUCUGACCGAUCUGUCCGUCUUAUACGAUUUGCCUUAAACUCUUUCCAGUACAGUAGCCGAAGAAAAGACGUCCGGCUGCUGCCUUGUAAAUCAGCUGAAUAGGGCUUUCUUAGCAUUGCGCAGAGGAUCAUUUCCGCCAUGCUCGGAUUUCGGUGUUUUGCUUUUUCCGAUCUUUUAGAGGACAAACUGUUUUGAGUGAUAAUGCUGAUGGAGUUUUAAUAGGAUUUAAUGUUUUUAUAAUCAGAGGCGAUGACGAGUCUUUGGUUGUUUGAAUGUGGUAGAAAUUCUGCUGAACGAUCACAUUUUUGAUAUUUGCCUUUUCGUUUAUAAAUCUUGGUGUUGUAGUUUAGCUUUAGAUGAACUUGUGUGGGAGGGGGAGGAGCUUUGACUCGUAUUCUAAUGAGGGGGCGGGAGGGAGGCGUGGCCUGUCAGUCAGAUCAGAUAUCAUUCAGAGUGCAACCUCCCGUGACAACUUCUUCGGGAAAGGUGAACGUGUAGAUUUUAGUGCUUGUUUUAUUAUACCAGGCAAACAAAUCUCGGCACUUUCAAGUUUACUUCACCAAAGACGGUCGGCGAGCGGAUCACGCAAAUGUGACGUUGUUUUCUCUCGAGGUGGGCCACACUGAGAC